AUGGGCAUAACUGAAGCACCUGGUGUUAUAAGAGUCAAACGGAAAAGGGAAGACGACUCUGUGCAAGCAUUACUACUUCAGGAGAAUGGAUCAGCCAAACGAGGGAAGUUUGUCUUUCGCUUAGCGAAGACGGUUGAGUCUGAGUUGGACGGACAGAAUGAGGAACUGGACACCCCUUUACUGAAGCUUUCAGAUGACGGGGAAGCAAGACAUUUCAUUUUAGAGCAAAGGAAACGCAAACGAGAAGAACAGCAAUUACCUGCAGAAAUCUCAGAAAUGCUCAAUAACUAUUUGAGCCUAGCUCCAAAGCCAAGUGCCGAACUUGGCACACUUAAAAGACCUAGUCAAAGGAAAUCUAGUCACCUGCCGAAACCGGAGACUCUGCCGUCACUUUCGUAUGUUUACGACAUAUAUUACAAAGAAGUGGUCCCAGAAGACGAAUUUGUUUUUGACUCUAGCACUGUGGGAUAUAUCAAGAUUGUGGAAGAUUAUGGCGAGCUCUUGCCUGAGGACGAUGAAGAUGAUAAGAAAAGCGUCUUUUCUGACGACCAGGACUCUAACGAGGAAGCUUUCUACCAGAACGACUACCCAGAAGAUGAAGACGAUGACAGGUCGGUACUUUUCGGAAGCGAAGCAGAAACGGGUGCACGCUCGAACAAUGAAAGCUCUGAUGACGAGCUCGAAGCUGACACCAUACGCGAUCAUAUGGUGGCCGGACUUGGAAAUGAGGAGACUGAUGUUCUAUUCGAACGAUACUCAGAGGCGCCCCACUUGUUGCAAGUCAAGACCUCCAAUUUUUUAGAUUUGGAUGACGAGGAAUCCGAACAUGAUGAUAAUGAUGAUAAUGAUGAUAAUGACGACUACGACGCCGAUUUCAAACGACACAACUUUUUCCCAACUGAUUCAGAUGACCCAAUGGCCAUUCAUCGCGACAAAAUAUUUGGCAAACUCGAAAAUAUGAUAGCACGAAGAUGA